AUGGAUCCACUUUUCAACGCAACUAAUUCAUCAAGCAACUGGACUAAGUCAUCGGAGACAAAUGACACAGAUUAUGAGAACCAAUUUGUGCAAGCCGUUUGGAAAGUGGCUCUUUGGGCACUAGCUUACAGCAUCAUCAUCAUCGUAUCCGUUGUGGGAAAUAUAGUGGUAAUAUGGAUCAUACUGGCACACAAACGCAUGAGAACUGUGACAAACUACUUUCUUGUGAACUUAGCGUUUGCCGAAGCAUCUAUGUCAGCCUUCAACACCGUAAUCAACUUCAUCUAUGCAGCGCACAAUAACUGGUAUUUUGGCCUGGGUUACUGUCGGUUCCACAACUUCUUUCCGAUCGCCGCAGUUUUUUCAAGUAUCUAUUCAAUGACAGCAAUUGCUUUAGACAGGUACAUGGCCAUCAUCCAUCCCCUCAAACAGAGAAUGACUGCCACUGAGACCAUGGUGGUCAUCGGCGUGAUCUGGGUCCUGGCCCUCGUGCUGGCCUUCCCCCAGUUCUAUUACUCGGACCUCGACUACUUCCCCACGCGCGUGGUGUGCUACAUCGACUGGCCUGUCUACGUCGAGAAGAUUUACUAUGUGUUGCUGGCUGUGCUGAUCUACCUGCUGCCCCUGCUGGUGAUGGGCUGUGCCUACCUGGAGGUGGGGCUCACUCUGUGGGCCAGCGAGAUCCCCGGGGACUCGUCUGAUCGCUACAAGGAGCAGCUUACUGCCAAGCGCAAGGUGGUGAAGAUGAUGAUUGUGGUGGUGUGCACCUUCGCCGUCUGCUGGCUGCCGUUCCACGUCUACUUCUUCCUGGGCCACUUCUUCCCCAGCCUGCUGCAGAGGACCUUCAUCCAGCAGGUGUACCUGGCCAUCAUGUGGCUGGCCAUGAGCUCCACCAUGUACAACCCCAUCAUCUACUGCUGUCUCAACGACAGGUUCCGCGCCGGCUUCAAGCAAGCGUUCCGCUGGUGCCCGUUUGUGCCCGAAGGCGCCUACGAGGGCCUGGAGAUGAAGUCCACCCGCUAUCUGCACACACAGACCAGCAUGUACAAGACCAGCCGCAUGGAGACCACCAUGUCCACGGUGCUGCCGCAGGCCCCCGACAAGGACCCCAGGGCCGGGGCGUGCGUGUGUGCGGCGGGGGGAGUCGCGGCUGCGCGCCGGAGCUCGGCUGACCUGGCCUCCAACGGCUCCUCGUCACGGAGCAUCUCCAAGACCGUGUCGGAGACCUCCAGCUUCUACUCCAGCAACAACCUGCCUGAGUAG